AAAACGACACUGUCGUAAAAAGACGUAACGUCAGAUCCUCCUGCUUGACGGCGUCGGUUCUUUUAUUUAUAAUGUUAAAAACGCGAUUAAAUCGCAUUUUUCUGCGUUAUAAAGUUUAAUUAGUUUAUUACUAAUUUAGAAAGCAGCUAUAUACCUUGUGCUUGCGAUGGUAUUUUUUAUAACAGCCGACGAUAAUGACGUAAACAGACAGGCUCUGUUAGUUUUUAAUUCUGAUUUGUUUAUCUUGGACGUCUGUUAAAGUUUAAUUAAAACACGUUUUAGCAUAGACGCACUCAGUUUGGUGUUUAGGGACAUUAAAACGGUUUCUGCAACUCGUGUCGUGUAGUCCAAGUUUCUUUGCAGCAGUGAAAGGUUAACUUAGUUUAUUGAAAAUAGAGGAAGCUACGUUCCUAUCGCCGUUCUGCGGGAUGGCGGACGGGGACGACGAUGUGCCGCUGAUUCUGACCUGGGACGAUGCGACCAGCGGGCUCCUGGAGGAAGACGAGCAUGCGGCAGGAAAUUAUGAUGUUGUGAAUAAUGUUGUCAUACCGACCCCAGGACCACCAGAUCCUAGAGCCCAGAAUUCUUUGCGGCAGAGUUGGGAAAUGAACUACCAGGAAGCAGCAAUAUAUCUGCAGGAGGGAGAGAAUAAUGACAAGUUUUUCACUCAUCCACGAAGUGCCCACGCGCUCAGCGCCUACCUGUUUGCUCACAAUCACCUUUUCUAUGUGAUGGAGCUGCUGACUGCGCUGUUACUCAUGCUACUGUCCCUCUCAGAGGCCCCUGCCGUCCCCUUCCUGCGCUUGGACGUCUAUAUUCAUGCGACACUGGAGUUAUUGGCAUUGGCGUUGGUGGCAUUUGAGUUGGGUAUGAAGCUCCGAUGGCUUGGCUUUUACACCUUUAUACAGCAUAAAAGGACCAUGGUGAAGACGUGUGUCCUGUUUCUUCAAUUCAUCGAGGCGAUUGUGGUCUUAGUCCGGCAGACAUCUCACCUGCGUGUGACGAGAGCCCUGCGGCCGAUCUUUUUGGUGGACUGCCGUUACUGUGGAGCCGUUCGCAGAAACCUGAGGCAGAUAUUUCAGUCUCUUCCUCCCUUCAUUGAUAUUCUUCUGCUGUUGCUUUUCUUCAUGGUCAUCUUUGCCAUCCUGGGAUUUUGCUUGUUCUCAGGCAACUCAGCUGACCCGUAUUUUAGCACACUUGAGAACAGCAUUGUGAGUCUGUUCGUCCUUCUGACCACUGCAAAUUUUCCAGAUGUGAUGAUGCCAGCAUAUUCGAAGAAUCGUUGGUCAUGCAUUUUCUUCAUUGUGUAUCUGUCCAUCGAGCUCUACUUCAUCAUGAAUCUGCUCCUGGCAGUAGUUUUUGACACCUUUAAUGGAGUCGAGAAGAUGAAAUUCAAAUCUCUGCUUUUACACAAGCGAUCUGCCAUGGAGCACGCUUUCCAGCUGCUGCUUAGUCGGCAGAGGCCAGAUGGAGUUUCUUUGAAGCAGUUUGAUGGACUGAUGCGAUUCUAUCGUCCACGAAUGACUGCACGGGAUCGCUUUCUCACCUUCAAAGCCCUCAACUAUUCAGACGCAACCAUGCUGAGUCUCCAGGACUUUUAUAAGUUUUAUGAAGUGAUUGGGCUCAAAUGGAAGGCUCGACGGAGUGGGGAGUACUGGUUUGAUGAUCUUCCUCGCACAGCAUUCCUCAUUUUCAAAGGAAUGAAUUUAGUUGUGAAAUCCAAAGCUUUUCAAUAUGCAAUGUAUCUGGUAGUAGCAAUUAAUGGCAUCUGGAUCCUAGUGGAGACAAACAUGGUAAAUGAUGGUGUCUCAUGGACUCACGUUGUCCCUUUGAGUUACAUUAUUUUCCUCACAAUUUAUGGAAUUGAGGUCUUGUUGAAGAUCACAGGCCUUGGUCCAAUGACAUAUUUCAGCUCAGGAUGGAACCUCUUUGAUUUUUCAGUAACAGUAUUUGCCUUUCUGGGAUUGAUUGCUCUGGCCUUUGACAUGGAGCCGUUCUACUUCAUUGUGGUGUUGAGACCUUUUCAGCUCCUCCGGUUGUUUAAAAUUAAACAGCGCUAUCGUAAUGUUCUGGACACAAUGUUUGAACUGUUCCCGCGUAUGGCCAGUCUAGGUCUGACUCUGAUUAUCUUCUAUUAUUCUUUUGCCAUCGUUGGAAUGGAGUUUUUUGCUGGGGUUGUUUAUCCGAACUGCUGCAAGAAUAGCACAGUUGCUGACUCGUAUCGCCAGAUAAAUGUGACCAUUGGCAACCGAACCGUGGUUGAAGAGGGAUAUUACUAUCUCAAUAACUUCAAUAACAUCCUAAGCAGCUUUGUCACUCUUUUUGAGCUAACAGUGGUGAACAACUGGUACAUCACAAUGGAAGGUUUGACAUCAGAAACUUCUCACUGGACUCGCCUUUAUUUCAUGACCUUUUACAUUGUCACCAUGGUAAGGGAAUGUGAGGGAGAGAAUAAUGACAAGUUUUUCACUCAUCCACGAAGUGCCCACGCGCUCAGCGCCUACCUGUUUGCUCACAAUCACCUUUUCUAUGUGAUGGAGCUGCUGACUGCGCUGUGUACUCAUGCUACUGUCCCUCUCAGAGCCCCUGCCGUCCCCUUCCUGCGCUUGGACGUCUAUAUUCAUGCGACACUGGAGUUAUUGGCAUUGGCGUUGGUGGCAUUUGAGUUGGGUAUGAAGCUCCGAUGGCUUGGCUUUUACACCUUUAUACAGCAUAAAAGGACCAUGGUGAAGACGUGUGUCCUGUUUCUUCAAUUCAUCGAGGCGAUUGUGGUCUUAGUCCGGCAGACAUCUCACCUGCGUGUGACGAGAGCCCUGCGACCGAUCUUUUUGGUGGACUGCCGUUACUGUGGAGCCGUUCGCAGAAACCUGAGGCAGAUAUUUCAGUCUCUUCCUCCCUUCAUUGAUAUUCUUCUGCUGUUGCUUUUCUUCAUGGUCAUCUUUGCCAUCCUGGGAUUUUGCUUGUUCUCAGGCAACUCAGCUGACCCGUAUUUUAGCACACUUGAGAACAGCAUUGUGAGUCUGUUCGUCCUUCUGACCACUGCAAAUUUUCCAGAUGUGAUGAUGCCAGCAUAUUCGAAGAAUCGUUGGUCAUGCAUUUUCUUCAUUGUGUAUCUGUCCAUCGAGCUCUACUUCAUCAUGAAUCUGCUCCUGGCAGUAGUUUUUGACACCUUUAAUGGAGUCGAGAAGAUGAAAUUCAAAUCUCUGCUUUUACACAAGCGAUCUGCCAUGGAGCACGCUUUCCAGCUGCUGCUUAGUCGGCAGAGGCCAGAUGGAGUUUCUUUGAAGCAGUUUGAUGGACUGAUGCGAUUCUAUCGUCCACGAAUGACUGCACGGGAUCGCUUUCUCACCUUCAAAGCCCUCAACUAUUCAGACGCAACCAUGCUGAGUCUCCAGGACUUUUAUAAGUUUUAUGAAGUGAUUGGGCUCAAAUGGAAGGCUCGACGGAGUGGGGAGUACUGGUUUGAUGAUCUUCCUCGCACAGCAUUCCUCAUUUUCAAAGGAAUGAAUUUACUUGUGAAAUCCAAAGCUUUUCAAUAUGCAAUGUAUCUGGUAGUAGCAAUUAAUGGCAUCUGGAUCCUAGUGGAGACAAACAUGGUAAAUGAUGGUGUCUCAUGGACUCACGUUGUCCCUUUGAGUUACAUUAUUUUCCUCACAAUUUAUGGAAUUGAGGUCUUGUUGAAGAUCACAGGCCUUGGUCCAAUGACAUAUUUCAGCUCAGGAUGGAACCUCUUUGAUUUUUCAGUAACAGUAUUUGCCUUUCUGGGAUUGAUUGCUCUGGCCUUUGACAUGGAGCCGUUCUACUUCAUUGUGGUGUUGAGACCUUUUCAGCUCCUCCGGUUGUUUAAAAUUAAACAGCGCUAUCGUAAUGUUCUGGACACAAUGUUUGAACUGUUCCCGCGUAUGGCCAGUCUAGGUCUGACUCUGAUUAUCUUCUAUUAUUCUUUUGCCAUCGUUGGAAUGGAGUUUUUUGCUGGGGUUGUUUAUCCGAACUGCUGCAAGAAUAGCACAGUUGCUGACUCGUAUCGCCAGAUAAAUGUGACCAUUGGCAACCGAACCGUGGUUGAAGAGGGAUAUUACUAUCUCAAUAACUUCAAUAACAUCCUAAGCAGCUUUGUCACUCUUUUUGAGCUAACAGUGGUGAACAACUGGUACAUCACAAUGGAAGGUUUGACAUCAGAAACUUCUCACUGGACUCGCCUUUAUUUCAUGACCUUUUACAUUGUCACCAUGGUAGUCAUGACGAUAAUCGUGGCCUUCAUACUGGAUGCAUUUGUCUUCAGGAUGAACUACAGUCGGAAGAACAGAGAGCCGCUGGACGACCCAGAAGAUGAAAAGGGGAUUGUAUUUGAGACAGAGGUGUCUCAGACUGAAGCUCUACAGACUCUGGACUUGUAUAAACACACACUGGGCGUCACCAACCUAAGCUCACUGCAGGACAUGUGUGUGGCUCUGGAGCGUAGCGGGCACUCCUCAUUAGUAUUUCAGGGUCGAAGGUCACGUACCAAGAGCGACCUCAGCAUGAAGAUGUACGAGGAGGAGAUUCAGGAAUGGUACGAGGAAUAUUCCAGAACAAACCUUCAGCCUGAUGAGACAUUCCACAGAGAACUGGACAGCCCUGAAGUCAAUGCCUCAAACAGCAUUAAUUAGCACACCCUCUGAACACUGCUUCAGCGCUACCUAACACACUCACUCAUACCUCUGAGGGAUCGUAAGACCGUCUUCCUCCCAUCGAUGGAAAGCACAGGUGUUCCCCAUGACCACUACAUUCUCCCUUUUCCACAUGGAGAGCCACAGAAGUCCUUUACUUAAAGCCUUAUUCCCCAAAAAACCUUAAGGUUCCAUGGCCAAUCAGGGAAGCUUGCUGCAGGCCAAUCAUGUGACAUGCACUAGGUCCAGGAACCUUCUUUCUUUCUUCCAUAAAAAUGCACCUCAUGACAUUUGCCCUUUGGUGGGAUCCUGAAUGAUUCAGACUCUCUCAUGGAUUUGACAAAUGGAGCACAGUGAUUGAAUGUUUCUGUGGGAGAUGAAUCAGAACUGAAUGUGAGGAUUUUAGCACCAAGUGUCUUUCUUCACAGUCUGAGGUAUUGCUUAACCAACAGAUAAAAUAUUAUAGUAAUAAACUAAUGCUGUUUU